AUGGGAAGCUUGAUAUAUGCUAUGGUCUACACUAGACGCACAUGCUUGAAAAGGAUUUUCCGCUACCUUAGGGGUACAUCUGAUAUUAGUCUCAGUUAUUGUGGUGAUAGUCAGUUUCUAGUAUCUGGUUACUCAGAUUCUGACUAUACUGGAGAUGUAGACAGUAGAAGAUCGAUGACCGGUUAUGUAUUCACGCUUGGUGGUUCUGUUGUGAGUUGGAAGGCUACUCUGCAGCCGACAGUAACCUUGUCUACUACAGAGGCAGAAUAUAUGGCUUUGACAGAAGCUACUAAGGAGGGAAUCUAG